AUGCCUAUUUAUGAAACAUUGAACAUUGAUGUGUUAGUAUAUAACAUAUUCCUACCUUUUAUAAAAUACCCAUUUUUUUUUUUGUUGCCAUUCAAAACAGUCAUCUCAGGGCGUAUAAUUUACAUAUUGGGCGUUUAUACACUAUGUAUGUUAUGUUUUUCAAUAUUUAAUUGCCUAGUUCAAAAUAGAAUCAUCAACAGGCAAAAAUGGUUACCAUUUGAUCAGUUAGAUUCUCCGGUAGCAGUUGUUACAGGUGGUAGUAAUGGAUUGGGGAAGGAUCUGAUUUCCCAACUUCUAACUAGCUCACAGAAAAUUAAAAUUAUUAAUAUUGACAUAAAGGAACCAAAUAAGAAAACACUGGAUGCUAGUAGAGUGGUCUUUCAAUGUUGCGAUCUCACUAAUCCCCUUGAAGUAGAAAAAAUAAUUAAAGAUAUAAAAUCUCGAUACGGAAACCAAAUAUGUUUAAUUAUAAACAAUGCUGGUGUGAGAUCUUCAUAUUCGGAAUAUAAUCACAUAAAGGAUUCUGAAUUACAAAGAGUAAUGCAAAUAAAUUGUUAUACACCUUUUAAAAUUAUUCAAGAAUUAAGACCAGAACAGUCUUCAAAUUCUCAAUGUUAUAUCAUUAAUAUUGCAAGUACAUUAGGUAUAUUAUCACCUGCUAAAACGGCUGUGUAUGCAGCUAGUAAAGCUGCUUUGACAUGUAUGACCAAUUCUCUGAAAUUCGAAUUAAAUACACAAAACUAUUUCAAUACUAGAAUUCUUCUUGUUAUUGUGGGACAGUUAAAUACAAAUAUGUUUAAUGGUUUCAAGGCACCAAGGCAAUUUUUCGCUCCUGUUGUAGAUACAAAACAGCUGGCAAAGAAACUAAUAGAUUGUUCAAUGAUUGGUAGACAAAGGGUGAUAUAUGAACCUCUUUAUGCUAACUUUGCCUAUCUACUGAUGUCUAUGCCUUCAUGUAUUCAAAACUUUGUUAGAUCUUUUUCCAAAAUGGACACAUGUUUACCAACUGAAAACUAA